GCCAGGAACCUUAUGGAACCAGCUUCUCCAAGCAUCUCCAAAUACUCUUUGGCUGAGCAGGGAGAAAGGAAGUGGGCAGGAUGAAGCCGCUUUGGCUCUUGGGCUUGGGGAUCGCCCUCCUCUGCAUUCCCUGUGCCACCUUUGAUGGGCUUGACCACUGCAGUUUUGAGCAGAUUCUAGGAGAAUGGAAUAUUCUUGCUAUUGCAACAAAUUGUGAGUGGAUAGCAGAACAGUUCAUUACGGCGAUCAUGAAGGUCAACAUAACCAAACUGGAGGAUGGAAGCUUCAACGUCACUACCAACUUCUGUAUGGAAGACGUAUGCCUGGACAUAGAGAUGACAUAUACAAAACAGGAGAAUGGGAUGUACAUCUGUAAAAGUGAUGUGGGGGACAAAAUUGUAGAGAGGAUGAAGACAGAUUGCAAGAACUAUAUCACGAUGGGUACCAGAGACCUGAAUCCCUUCAUCAAUGACAAGAUUGUGGCACUCUACGGUAGGUAUCGAGAGCACUUCCUGCCUUCAUUUUGAUCAAGGGGAAAGCCAGGCCAGCCCAUGAUUUAUUUGUUCCCUUGCGCACCCCUUUUCUGCCAAAGGGCGAUUUUGGACUGCAAGUGAUGACCGUCACCCUCCGAGGCACCCUGCGUGAAAGGAAAAGGACAGGAGAGAAGAGGGAAAGAUGCCAAGUUGCACCUGGGAAGGGUUCUUGGCAUGAUCCUCCCUCACCUCUCCUUUUUUGGUAGCCAGGUGGACCAUCUCCAUGACUUCUUCCUCCAGAUGCAGCAGGGCACUCGCGCUGGGCAUUCAAAGUCAUUUCCAAAUGAAUGAGAUCAAGGAAACCAACGUGUCCCUUUGUGAUCCUUUGGGGAGGGGCCGAUCCUUCCAGGCAGAUGCCACCCUCCCAUUCUCCCCUCUGGUGGGGGGCCACAGGUGACCAUGAGGUCAGCCACAUCAGCAGUAUUCCCAGGAGUGCCACAAGAGUGCCAUGGCUUCUGGUUUUGUGUUGUCCACUUCCUGCAGGAAAUUAACACGCAGCCUGAGCAGUGACUCUGUGCUUCUCUCUUCAGCUCGACACAGAUCCAGCUGCUCCCAGGAAACCACCCGGGCCAUAGUCGGACCCGAGCUGAUCAAAUGUUGCUUUGGUGCUGCUAAGAUCAGCAUGAAUUCCACCUUUCAGGGUAUUCCCUUGAUGGAAAAGUUGGCCCCAGAUUUUGAUGCCCAUUGGUGACCUCCAUAUUUGAAGCAUUUUCUCCCCACAGAAGUCUGUAGGGGAGACCGGAGAAGCCCGUUCACCUCAGGCCUGUCUGUUCUUCCUUCCUGCAGCCAGGACUAUGUCCGUGUCCCAGCCCGUUAAGCAGGUAUUUGAAAACGAGGCUGUGCAGAUGCAGGUGAAGAGGGACCACAUCUUCUUCUUGCCCAAGAAACGUAAGCUCCCAAGAGGGUUGUCAGUCA